UUUGCGCGCGCCAGACUGCGCAGGUGUUCUACGUGGACAUAUGCAUGGGCCUCCAUAAAGAGGACGUGUCGGCAACGCGCCGAUAUGCAGGCGCUGUUGUGAUCACGCAUUUCCUGCAGGCUAGUGGCGCUCUCGCUCUGUACGUGCCAUUCAACGCUUGGGGUCAGGCUGCUAUCUUCCCGGACCAGGGGUUGCUGCAGGGGCGCGCGGAGAUUCCAGUGCUUGAUUUUGCAGUGGUCCACUAUGACGUCGACGGGCAUUCACAUUACGAUGCCGUGGACGUGGCUACGUCAGGAGCUGACGCCCCGCGACCAUGGGAGCCGUCGACCGCGUGCCGGGGGAAGUUCAGCGACCUCUCCGUUUUUGCGGAUGUUGAUGCGCUGUUCGGGGCGGUUGCGGAGAACGCGCCGGAGAGCAUUAGUUCCAGCGAGCGGAGCGAGCACUCUCUCUCGGACGUGGGCUCCGACAAAGGCUCGUCUAUUUCUGAUCCAGAUUCUGGGUCAGAGCAUUCGGACGUGUACCACCUGGCGCUUUCUCCGACGGCCCGCGCGCGCAUGGGGAGCACGGCCCGUGGCGACCGAGAGGCUGCCCUUGCGGCGGCGCGAAUGUUGGCAUCCAAGUUACGGCCAGAACCAUCGUUGCCACCCGACCCGAAUCAUGCAGCGAAGCUGUACGUGGACAUGAUGUCUGGCGUCAAGAUGCCGCCGUAUUCCUGCGCAUUUCGCGGGUGCACAUGGACGGGGGACUUCCGAGAGGACUUGAAGCGCCACCUGCGCGCAGAGCACGUUACUUUGCUCCCAAGUGUUUUUCGAGUCUCGGACGUCGAGAGCGAGCGGGCGGGUCUGUGGGACCUCUAUUGCAGGGCCGUCGAGGAGAAGGAGCGCGACGGCGUCCCGACCCUUGGCAUCACGCGCGACCGGCGCGCCAUCGACCGUGUCCUCAACGGC